AUGGCAGGAGCGGUCUCGCCAUCUGCUCAUGUGGUGGUGUUCCCUCUCAUGGCUCAGGGACAUGCACUCCCAUUACUAGACAUAAGCAAAGUCCUCACAAACCUCGGCGUCAAAUUUCCUAGAGUCCCAGAGCUUCCUGAAGGAUGCGAGAACACUGCUGAUCUUCCUUCCAUGGCUUUGUUGGUGCCUUUCUUGAAAGCAAGUAAGUCCAUGAGACCCGCCUUUGAGUGUAUUCUCAGGGAGAUGUCUGAAGCCGGUUCUUGCCCGCUCAGUGUGAUUUCCGACUUUUUCCUAGGAUGGACGCUCGAUGUGUGUCAAUCUUUUGGAAUUCCUAGAAUUGUCUUCCAUGGGAUGGGAGUUUUGUCAAUGGUCAUCUUAAAAAUUGCCUUCAUGAAUGCCCCAUCCCUCUUGGCAAUGCCCGAUUCCGAUCCUAUCGAACUGCCGAACUUGAGCGUUCCUUUCACGGUCUAUAAACGUGACAUCUGUGAUUUGGAGCGGUGGCAAGACCCGGACGACCCUUACUCGCAUAUAAUAGCGGAGAUUGGAGAGGCGGAAGUGAAUAGUGCGGGCAUUAUCGUCAACAGUUUCGAAGAGCUCGAAGGUGAUUAUAUUGCCACCCUAGAAAGAUUUUAUUGCCAGGGGGCAAGAGCUUGGUGCAUUGGGCCGGCUUUGCUCUAUGACCAGAAUCAAAUAGAGAGACCUAUGGGAUCCAACCAGGCAGACCCAUCUCAGCCCUACAUCAAGUGGUUGGACGAGUGUGUUGGAAGCAGCAGAGUGAUACAUAUAUCAUUCGGAACACAGGCACGCUUGAGUGACAUGCAAAUGGACAAUAUAGCUUAUGGACUGGAGAUGGCAGGACAUCCGUUCAUAUGGGUAGUAAAAUCGGCAACUUGGGUGUUGCCGGACAAUGGAUGGGAGGAUCGAUUGAAAGGGUGGGGCUUGGUGGUGCACAAUUGGGUGGACCAGCGGCGCAUCUUGUCACACCCGGCAAUAGGUGGUUUCUUGAGUCAUUGUGGUUGGAAUUCGGUGCUGGAAAGCUUGUCGGAGGAGGUGCCGAUGCUGGCAUGGCCGAUGGAUGCUGAGCAGCCACUGAAUGCUAAACUUGUGGUGAUGGGGCUCGGGGCUGGGGUUAUGGUGAGAGAAGGUGGUGUUGGAGGGACGAUUGCUAGUGAGGUGAUAAGGGAUGGAGUUAAGGAAUUGAUGGGAGGGGAGAGAGGAAGGCAGGCUAGGGACAGGGCAAGAGAGAUUGGUAAGUGGGCAAGGCAAGCUGUGGAAAAGAAGGGUGGAUCAUCGUACAAGAAUUUGGAAGGCUUGAUUAAAUUCCUCAAAGAAAGAGUUAAAGAGUGA